AUGACAGUGAGGUUGUCUAUGGCAGGGUUUCGAAGCUCGUUGCCCUUUUCCGCGCUAAUACGACAAGUUGAACAAGAAAUGGAAACAGUGAUUAAGGUGCUGCAGCCUGGACCCUUGGGAAUCAUAGAGCACAAGUUUUCCGCCGAGGAAAUUCGUAAGGCUAAUGCCACGGUUUCUAAAGCAGUGACCAAUUGGCAAAGGAAUGCAACCCUCGAAGACAAUAAUCACAUUUUGAAAGACUACAUUCACAAGUGA